GAGUCUUGUAGGAAACUAUCAUUUUAUUUGCAUUUAUUUCAUACCAAUUAUGGCAGUAACAUAUAAAUUAACUUUUUUGUUAUUAGAAGUUUUAAUUAUAACUAUUAUGAAGUGUUGUGCAGAUGAAAAUUGUGAGACACUCCCUUCGGAAAUUCAUGUAACGAAAGAGGAGUAUGACGAUAUGGGAAGUUUGGUUCGGUCAUGCAGUGGAGAAGUUAUAGUUAAUAAAUGUGAAGGGAUAUGCAAUAGUCAAGUUCAGCCAUCUGUUAUUACACCCACAGGUUUUUUAAAGGAAUGUUUUUGCUGCAAGGAAAAUUAUUUACGCGAGCGCCUGGUUACCUUGACUCAUUGCUAUGCUCCUGAUGGCCUUCGAUUAGAAGACGAAGAGCGAGCCAUAAUGGAAAUCAGACUUCGAGAACCAGCUGAAUGUAAAUGCUACAAAUGUGGAGAUUACAGUCGUUAGUUGUUAUAGACACCGUUAUAUUUAAAAAAAACAUCCUCAAAAACGUAACAAAUAAGCUUUUUUAAGAAUAAUAAAGUAUAGUUCAAUUUA